AUGCAGAAGAGUUACACGGAUCAAAAAGCACGUGAUUUGUCAUUUAUAGUAGAUGAGAAGGUACUUUUGAAAGUCUCGCCGAUGAAGGGUAUUAUUAGAUUUGGGAGUAGAGUCAAGUUGAGUCUGAGAUUUAUCGAUCUGUUCGAGGUUUUGGAGCAAGUUGGUGAGGUUGCAUACAUACUUGCUUUGCCUCCUAGACUAUCGAGAUUUCAUCUAGUAUUUCACAUGUUUAUGCUCCGGAGGUACCAUGCUGAAAGGUCCCAUGUGUUGGAUUAUAGUACAAUUCAGAUGGAUGAGAGAAUGAGUUACGAGGAGGAGCCGGUUGCCAUUGUUGAUCGGCAGGUCCACAAAUUGAGGUCUAAGGAAAUUUCAGCUGUGAAGGUUCAAUGGAGGGGUCAGCUAGUCGAGGAGGCAACUUGA